UGCAAAACGUCAAGUCCAAAAAGAGUCUGUUUUGCAAUAGUCUUGGCGAGCUGUCCAGGAAGCCUGCCAUCGGGAAAGUGUGCAUCAAUUGUGUCAGGGAUACUAGGCCCUAGAAGCUCGAAUACGAGGCAUUUAUGUGUUCCGUUCGGACCCUCUAAAUCGAAGUCAUCAAGCAUGCGUACGACGUGUCGAGGGCUGGGGUGUAUAGAUGCCAAUUUCUUCAUGACAUGGAGUUCUCGAUUCUCUUCAUCAUUCCCUCUUUCAGAAACGGAGAUCUUGACAGCAACAUAG